GGACACAUUGUUUGGCUUGGCCUUGACUGUACUGUACCCCCAGAACUGUUACUGUGGGGUCCAACGUCCGCUUCACUCCCGGAGAGCUCCUUCGUGGGAGCGGAGUGGACAUCGGACCCCACAGCUCUGGGGGUACCUGGACUGGAUGUGCGAUGUAACGUUCAGUGCUUUUGCCUGCGUUUCAGCUAAAUGGUUAAAAAAAGAGACGACACAGACAUCGCUGGCAAUGUUACAGCCCUUGCUGCCGUGGCCUUCCAAGACCAUCUCAUUCGCAACCUGUCUCUGGCCGACCCACUGAAGAAGAAGCCGAUCCAUCAUGGGCGGCCCAAGAAGCAGCUGAAGGAUGUCAAGCCAGUGGUGGAUACAGGCCAGAGGCAGGGAGUGGGCAGGAGGAAAGGUGAUGCUCUCUCCAAAGGGAAGAUGGAAGACAAGGAGUAUGUGCUGGACCAUAGGCCACCACCACUUACACUUGCUCAAAAGCUCGGCCUGAUUGAGGCACCAGAGCAGCAGCUCUCUGACCUGGACUGGAAAGACGCCAAAGAGAAAUCUAAUCGUCGUGACGAUUCCAUGCUCCCUUGUGUCAUUUGUAAGGAAGAAUUUGGCUUACAGCAACAGGUUCUUCUGUCGUGCUCUCAUGUCUUUCAUCGAAACUGUCUUCAAGCAUUUGAACGUUUCACCGGAAAGAAGACGUGCCCGAUGUGUAGAAAAGAGCAGUACCAAACGAGAGUUAUACAUGAAGGUGCCAAACUCCAUAGAGUUAAGUGUGCCACACGAAUUCAGGCAUGUUGGAGAGGGUAUGUCGUCCGGACCUGGUAUUGCAAACUUAGGCUAACAGUACCGCCGAAAGACCCCAGGCUUCGGAAGAAAUUCUACGAGGAAAAGUUGCAGACAAUAACAGAGCGAUUAUUGCGAUCCUACGACACCCAUGUGGAUGCCUUCUUAGCAGAAAUGGACCGUUCCAUUACGGCCAGUAGGGAUGUCUUUAAGAACCUGGAAGCUUCAAAUCUUCGUACCAUAACCCCAGAGGAAUGGGACUUAAUACAGCUGAAGGCAGUGGAGAGAGGCAAGACAGAGUGUCCAAUUUGUAUUAUGCCUUUGUACCAGCCAGACAGUGUAGACACCAGCACCAAUUCAACCAUCACCCAACAUAGUGAGACUACCAGUCAUAAAACGAGGACCAAACCUUGUGAAAGACCCCCCAACAAACCCACUCGCAGUGCCACAUGCAUGCCAAAUAACUCUACACAAAAGAAGAAAAUCAGACAGCAAGACACGAGGGUCCCCAGCAGAUCAAGUGGGAGUCUGCAUCACAGGAGACAAACACAGACUGAGAAUGACACUUCCAGUGACCGAGAUGGUGACAGACAGAGUCCUAGACACACAGUGCUGCUUUCGUGCACCCAUGUGUUCCAUCUGGUCUGCCUGCAAGCAUUUGAGGAGCUAUCCUUGGCCCAGACCAAAGUGUGUCCAGUCUGCCGUUCAGGGUAUCAGAAAAAAGUCCUUUCUUCUCCCUAAGGCCAACCUAAAUUUAAUAUGAUUUCUGUCUUUUUGUGUGUGGCGCCAACAAUGCUGAAUUAAAAAAGGCUUUCAUCUCCUUGAUGAAUAUACAUGUCACAAAAGGUCCAUACGAUCUCUUUUCCCUUUAAACCACCUCACAAAUUAUGCUUUAUUAGGAGAGUUUGGCAUGUACAUGUAAUGACAAUGUUUUAGGAAUAGAGUGGCAUUUCUACGCGAUUGCAGGGUGAAAAUUACACUGACAGACGACAUCACUGAUUACCAGUAUACAUAUAUGAGCACGUGUUGUAGCGUUUUGAUCAUAUAAAAGAAUACUUGUAGCGAGUUUGAUGUCAAAAUUUUACCAUUAAAUCAGUCUUCAUGCAAUGAU